AUGGGAAAUAGAGUGGAUCACGAGUACGAUUACCUGUUUAAGAUUGUGUUGAUUGGUGAUUCUGGAGUUGGGAAAUCCAACAUUUUGUCGCGGUUCACGCGAAAUGAGUUCUGUUUGGAGUCAAAAUCCACUAUUGGUGUUGAGUUCGCCACCAGAACUCUUCAGGUUGAGGGAAAGACUGUCAAGGCCCAAAUAUGGGACACUGCAGGCCAAGAACGGUACCGAGCCAUUACAAGUGCUUAUUACAGAGGAGCAGUUGGUGCACUCCUUGUUUAUGACAUAACAAAGGGACAAACAUUCGACAAUGUUCAAAGGUGGCUCCGAGAAUUGAGAGACCAUGCAGAUUCUAACAUUGUAAUUAUGAUGGCUGGAAACAAGUCUGACCUUAACCACCUUAGAGCAGUCUCCGAGCAGGAUGGUCAAACUUUAGCUGAGAAAGAGGGACUUUCAUUUCUUGAGACAUCGGCAUUGGAAGCAGUUAAUGUAGAUAAGGCUUUUCAGACUAUACUGACAGAGAUAUACCAUAUCAUAAGCAAGAAAGCAUUGGCUGCACAGGAAGCAGCUGCAAGUACUACACUUCCUGGUCAAGGUACAACCAUCAACGUUAACGAUACCUCUGAAAAUGUGAAGAGAGGCUGCUGUUCUACCUGAUUUUCAUUUAAUUCUUUGGUUUAUUUUUUAUUAUUCGGGGCAAGAGAUGUAGAUUACUUUCUUGAUUGUACCAAGAGAAAGAGCUUGUGAAUGUUAAAAUUGUCUAGUGAUUUAGGAGGAUCUAUUCUUCAUGUGGUGUACUGUUUCAACUAUUUCUUUUAGAAAAUGACCAAUACUGGUAAUGUUUGAAAGAAGAGAUUAGCCAUCUAA